AUGCGAGUCCAGAGGCAGAGCGCUCGAGUGGCCGAGAGUUUCCAGGUCUUGUGCCAGAAGAUGGAGCCGCAGCCUGACGCAGUGGAGGAGCUGCGGAAAGCCGCUGAAUCCCAGGGCCUUUGCCUGUGUCAGGAGGCAUUUGAUUCGCUCAGCGACCUGCACUUCGGCAAGGGCGAGCUGUGUGUGCGUGUGAAAUUGCCCUCUGACUUCUCCUCGUACACUGUUCACCCGCAGCUUCUGGAAGCCAUGCGCAUCGCCGUCUUGGGCUUCGCCUUCUUCGACGCAUCCAAGAGCCUGGCUCAGGAGACCUUACGUCCAUUUCAUCGGUGA